GGAGCCCAACAAUUAAGUGUUUUACUCUCAUAUAUUUAGUUACGAUGCGAGGUCUCUUGUUUGCCGUUGUCGUUCUGGGAGUGGGAUCCUUUGCGGAGGGGUAUGUGAGCCAUGGGGAAGCCUGUGACCAGUCCUUGCCAGCGACCUCUUGUAACCCCAGCCAAGAUAUUGCUUGUCGUGGAGGCUUCUGCGAAUGUAUCAACACGGACGACAUGGAAUUCGAUCUGGAUCGCCAAAGAUGCGUAGUCCUGGCGGGAGGAAGUUGCUACAAGUCAUCGGGAGUUAAUUAUGCCUGUGUAACGUCUGCAAACUGUCAGUACAGCUCGAAACAGUGUGUCUGCCAAUAUCAGAAAUCGCCGACUCAAGAGCGACAUUGCGCCGCCAGUCACGGCGCGGUUUGCAACGCCACGAUCGAAUGCAACUCGGAAGAUCUCCUCGUCUGCGCAUUUGACCGGUGUCGCUGUCCCAAUCCGAUCAAUCACGUGUUUAAGGAGGGAAGGAAUCGCUGCUUCAUCAAAGUUGGAGCCGCCUGCUCUUUGAACCCUGGCCCGAAUUCUGUCACCUGUGACCCAGAGGAAAACGAGUGUCGUGCAGAUCUUCAAUCCCCCACGGGGUACAGCUGUCAGUGUCUGUCAGGCUUCCAUAUUGAGCAUCUCGAGAGGCAGUGUGUGCGAGGAUAUUUGCAGGAUUGUAAGGACUCAAAUGACGAAGAUAUUCACCCGCCCUGUGACUACGUGGGAGGGUUGCACUGCUACCAAAGACGUUGCCAAUGUUACCUUUCUCCAGAUCAGGCGUGGGAUCCUGCGCAGCUGGCGUGUGCAAUGUUGGAGGGGAGAGGGUGCGCCCUGGAGGACAAGCAGCUCUACCCCUGGCUGGACGAGUACUUCUUUAGGUGCUUCACCGGCUUGGAGUGCAUUCCAUUCAAUGGUCACAAAUAUGAAGGCAUUUGUCGUCGACCUGCAACGACGGAAAUAUAGAGCUGAUGAUAGCAUUUACUAACAUGUUUUUGAGACCCAUUAAUUAUUCUUUAUGUAAAUAAUUCGUUAAAACGUAUUCACAUAUUUGUAACGCAAAAUAAAUAAAAACGGUGACCGUCAGAUUUCAGAUCGGUCAGAAUAAACUUCUUUCAACUCUUAGAGACAGGUGUCGCUGGAAGAGAAAAUUUAUAUCACUACAUAAUGAAUACAUAUACAUGUAAAUAAAAGGCGUUUCAAAUUA